GUUCGGACAAUGCUGUGUGGCUUUUACUAAACGCUGUUUAGAGUGAAAUAACUGUGUUUAUUGUCUCCUUUAAGUGAUUUUAUUCAUUAUUUGUGUUUUAUAAUAUUGUUUUCGGGAUAAUUCAUAAGUUUUACCGGCAAUGCAUAGUUUUACCGAACUUACAGUGGAAUGAGUUUUUGCCAGUAGGCGCGAACGGCAGGUGCAAGCAUAAGUGACUUUUUGGCGUGGUUUUAACUUAAACUUAUAUGUUAUGGCUGCUAUAACUCCUCGGCGUUCUUCACGCCUUCCUCAUACACAUACGCCUAAAAUGUCGGAGCGAAAGAAGAGUCUUUUUGUGCCAGAAACGCCUCCCAAGCAGGAGUCUUUGACGAAGCAUCGAAGGCUAUCUGUUGUUGAUAGUGAAGGCGAUAGCGAAGAUUGUGAUCUAGGGAUCAUCAGUACUCUGGAUUCUAGCUCUUGUGAUGAAAAUGAUCCUAGUUUCCCUAAAACACCUGAGAGGUUUCUGUGCCGUGGAACUAGAAGUCACUCUCGUAAGCUUAACCAAACAACAGAUCUGAAGAACUUCAUGAAAUCUCCUUUUACAUUAAAAAAGUACCAAACACGCUAUUCCUGUCCAGAAAAAUGCAUGUCCUUAUCAACACCUGUUACACCACAAUUUCAAAACCACCCUGGAACUCCAUCAUCUAGUCACUCUUGUACAAGUGUCCAUACAACUUCAUCUACCUCUAGCCGGGCACGAAAAAGCUUGGCCAGUCUUAUUGCUGACACAGAGAGUUGCAGCAGCUCUUUAAAAGAUCUAAACUUUGACUCAGAUUCUGGUUCCGACUCUAAAGAGAACACACCAACCAAAUCCUUAAGACGUUCUAAACGUCAUCUAAAAUUAACACCAAAAUUGCAAAGCUUCAAAGGAGUUUUAUUGGAGCAAAAGAAAAAUGUUACACCAAUAAAAUCUGCAGUAGUUUGUCUAACUAAAAUGGAUUUUAGUAAUAUAUCUCCAUCUCAUAUAAUGAAAACUCCUCAUAAUACUACCGAAACUAAGGCAUCGCCACCUAAACUCGGUCAUCGCAGAUCUGUAAUUGAGGUUCAAGAGAGCCCUGACUCUGUUUGUGGAAGUGAAAAAAGCUACAAACGAUUAAACUACGAUGACAAAGCUGAUACAGGUCCUGUAUCAAAGUAUCCACGUAUAGAUCCUAGUACUGCUCCCAAAGCCCGUCUCUCUCUCUUUAACAGUGAGCGACUUAAAGAAAUUCUUUCCACAAAAUCAUUCUAUGGCAAAGCAAAUCCUGAGCUAAACCCUAGUAUCUCAACAAAAAUAUCUCAUGCUAUACAAGUGACAGCAACUCAUAAGCAUAGACCAUUCCAUCCCCAGUCUAACAGAUACAAAAGAAAGCCUGGCCAAAUUAAUAUGGGAGUAAGACAUAAAAUUAGGAAGCCCAAGCCCAAGAAGCAAACAGUUGUUAAAACCAAUGUGAUGGGAAUGAAUAAAUCCUUAGUAUCCAAUACCACUGUAUCUACUAGUAAAGAUGAGUCUAUGAGUCAAGAUACAUCACAGGAAAUGGAGCAUGACAAAACAGAUCCGUUUGAUAAAGAAAAACAGACAAUUGAGGCAUUACUGAGUCAGUGGACGGAAGAAGAGGUGCCUGAAAAUGAACUGGUUCAUAGAAAAGAACUCCCUUGCUUCAACAGCACUGUUAUUGAGGAGACCAACCCAAUAUUCGAACCAGUCAUAGCUGUACCAGUAAACAGUGUAUUACCCCAGGAUGAACCGGUGAUCCUUGAAAUAGGCCAAAAAUUGCCGACAGCACAGUUGGAAGCAGUCCAGCAAAAUGAUCAGUUGCAAGCUGAUGAUCAAAUAGGUGAUGCAGUAAUGGAAUCUCAUACAGACAGCCAUGGUGUGUUAUCAGAAGGUUUACCAGUUGAAGGUGGCUAUAUCGUUGUGGAUGGAAAUGUUGUUCAUGGUCAGCACGAAAUACCCGAUUUAGAUGAAAUCGAGCGAGAGAUAAAAAUGCUUGAUGAGCAAAUACUCAAAUUGGCUGAAUCAAAUAACAUCAAUGCUGAGGCAGUGUUGGCGUCUACUGAAACAAUACAAUCUCCGUCAAUCCCGACUGAAACAGAUCAAUCGACGAGGCUUUUCCCAAUCUUCACAAAGCCUAAUCCAGGAAUUUCGACAAAUAUUAAUAAAGAUUCUCCGGAUAAAAAGAAGAAAUUUAUAAAGACUGGAAUUGAUCAGUAUGUGAUCGACGCGGGGCAGAAGAAAUUUGGGGCGACGCAGUGUAGAGAGUGUGGCGUUAUAUACCAGAUUGGAGAUCCAUUAGACGAGCAUGAUCAUCUUAUUCACCACAAUGCCACUGACGUACUUAAAUUUAACGGUUGGAAAGACGAAUACAUAGUAGAAAAGACACAAACGGGUCGUAUUUUACGCGUUCGAGGUGGUGAUACAGGGUGGAAGAAAGUCCUCUCCGUACUCAAUAGAGUGGUCCAUCCUCAGCUCGGAUACAGCUCAGAUUUGCCAGGAGAUACCCAUGGAUACACAGCCUAUCUGUACAUUGAAAAGAAGCAAAUAGUGGGUUGUCUGGUGGUUGAACCCAAAGCCAGAGCUUACAAGUUACUUCCAGGUGAACCUGACUGCUGCAGCAUCGAAGACUAUCCUGUCAAAUGCGGUGUAUCCAGAAUAUGGACCCACGUAAAGUACCGCAGACGGGGCGUGGCGGUUCGUAUGUUGGAAUGCGCACGCGCAUCUUUCCUCUAUGGAAUCGCUCUCACCAGACAGGAAAUUGCCUUCUCUUCUCCUACUCCCUCGGGGAAGGCUUUUGCCACUAAAUAUUGUGGCACCGAAAACUUUUAUGUGUACUUGAACUAAAGUGAAUUAUGAUUUUUUAAGUGAAUUAGAUAAGUGAACUGAAACAAAUAUGUGAAUAAGUGUGUUGAAAGGAGUAAGUGACUAAGUUAGUUUAGUUAGUGAAUAGAAACUACGCUAUGUAGUGUUCCACAAGUAGUGUAGAAUACUUUGUCAGUCAUUUGAAUACUCAACAAAAUGUUGGAGCUGUUAGAUCCGGGUAAUAUUUUUAGGAAGAAAUAAUAUGUUAAACAUAUGAGAACAUUCUAUGGUUUAGUGUAUUGUAUCUUAAAUAUGGUUUUUUGAUUAAAAAAAGAUGUGAUUAGUUUCUUAAUCUAGGUAAGUGACUUUUCAACCUCGUUUAUAAGGAUUAUUUAGAUUUUGACAAGGUACUCGCAUUUUCACACAAGACAUUUGUUAAGCUUAUUUUUAAUGCUUCUUUAGUGCUAAAUGCGGAAAGUUUUAAUUGCUACUUUGGAAAAGCAUUUUUUUUUUGUAUGGAUUUUUAAUUUCUUCUAGUGUUUUCCUUUUGUUUUUUAUAGAAGUUUUUAAUGUAAUAUUUUCUAAUUGUGAUUCAUAUUUGGGACCAAUAUUUUAGUCAUAUUUAUAAGUGCCAGUUUUAUUUAUAAGAUGAAUGUGCCUCAGUUAGGUUAAGUUUUGAUUUAAGAAAGGAGCUCAAAUACAUUUUAAAGUUUUUAGAAAUAUUUGUAUAGCUCUCUAAGUGCCGUGUGAAACCCCUUUAUUAAAAGUAUUGGUCAGAUUUGGUAGAUUUUUUGUAUAGAAAGUUAUUACUUGGAAAAAUAAUGAUUGUUUUAAAGCAGAUAUUUUUCAUAACAAAUUCGGACGUACGUCGUUUAAACCGUUAUAAUGUUUGGCUUUUAGUUUUAUAUUUUAGAAUUUCAUAUUAUGCGUAGUUUAUAUGUCUACAGUUUACACAAAAUACGCUUAUUUGUCAUAUAGUACUUAGGGCUUUAGGCUUAAACUAUUAGAAGAACUGUAACAAUGUUCUUUUGUGUAGUUCUUGACGAUACUCAAGUCAAGAUUUUGACUUGAGAGCAUGGAGUUUGGGCCUCACCAUUUAGAAGUGUAUAUUUUUUUGUAAAAUGGUUUAGUGUGUUGGAUGUAUAAUUGUGCUUGUUAAAUAACUUAAUUUUUCAAUUAUUUUUGCCAACUAUGAAUUAAUUCUAAUUUUUUUAAAUGUUUAAAUAGAUGAACUGUAUUGAAGUAUAAACCAUAAUGAGGAAUAUGCAAAAAAAUUUUAACUUAUGAGGGUAGAUGCAUCUACCCUCGACUUCUUACAAAAUUUGAGUAUGAGUUAAAAAUGCUUGUUUUGAUAUAGUAGUAUAUCCAAAGACUCACAUGUUCCCCUUUUGCCCUAAAAAAAAAUAAUGUUUAAUUACACUAGUGUGAUUCAAGUCCCUUCCAUAAAUUGAGUUUGUUGAAGUUGGAAGAGAUAUAUUUGUAAUUUAGUUAUAUUAGUGUAAUACAUUACUUUUUUUAAGGGAUAAUUAAAGGAAGGACGUUUGUGAAUCUGGCUACUGUUUUAAUUUUCCAUAAGUUUCUGUGAAGCGGGGAUGAAUCCAAAGAAAGUGUACCUUUAACAAUGCCAUAGAAAUGUAAAUAAUGUUUAUUUGCAUAGCCUCUGGAUGAUUGUGUCCCUGUUUUUUAAGUUUUCACAAAGUAAUUUCGAUUUGAUUUUAAUAAAAGCCAUGUUU